AUGCAACAGCAACAAGAACAUCCACCACAUGCAGACAUCCGUAAACGCUAUGUUAAUAAGACUCUCUUAGAGUUUCAAGAAGCCAAUCGUAAUCCAAUAUAUGGUUAUGAAGCUAUGCCUCUUAAAACUUUAGAAGAAGCUACGGAAACAGUCACUCAUCGUGUUUCAGGUCUUUCAAACUAUGUAGCUCGAGCUAAACAAGAGUGCAAUAAAGAUUUCACUAUUUUGACUUUGGAUGAAUCUGCGGCAAUCUAUCUGUACUCGAUGCCAACACCUUUUCAUUAUCGUCUGAACAAGUCUCUACGAAUUGAAAACCGAGAUGCAUUGAAGCCGUGGUUUAGCUUCUUAAAAUUAUUUACAAAUGCUCUUGAAAAAUUACCUUCAAAUGAAAAAGUUGUUUGGCGAGGCAUUUCAGAAAAUAUCGGUUCAAAUUUUAGUAAAAAUAAUAUUUACACUUGGUGGAGUAUUAACUCAUGUUCGACAGAUCUUGAAGUUGCUCAAAUGUAUUUAGGCAAGCAAAGUUCACUUUUUGUUAUUCAAUCAGUUCGGGGCAAAGAAAUUUCUCCAUACUCAUCAUUCCCAAACGAGCAUGAAGUCGUCCUACUUCCAGGUACUUGCCUUCGUGUUCAGAGUAAUACAUUCAACUUUGAAAAUCGUCUUUUCAUUGUUCAUUUGGAAGAAGUAACCCAAUCUAACUUAUACAAGAGACAUCUGAGUAAGUCCAUAUAAAACCGACUAUGAAACUUGCGUCUCCAUGUGUUAAGUGUUUGAAUGUUUUAGAACUCGUAAAGUAUACGGGAUGUUAGGAGCAAAUAAUGUAUAUACUUUCGGAUAAUUAACAUAUAUUUGACUCCAGUUAUUAUAUAGCAUCACUCAAUAGAUUUCUUUAGCAUUUCUAAUGUUACCGAUGUCACAAGUUCAAUAGCCUAAUUUCUAGAUACUUUGAAUUGAAUAUUCUCAAGUAUGCCAUAUGAUAUUAUUACCGCUUAUCAGUCGAAAACAGAUCCUGAUGAAAUUGAUGCUAUUGCCCCCCCCCCCCCUUCCCCGCAUAAAAGAUCCCCCAAACAGAAAGCCAGUUUUGAGCAAAGAUUUUUGAAAAACGCUCUGUAUGGAUACGAUAGUUUCUCAUUAACAAUAUUACGAUGUGCGAAGCCAUAAUAGAAGGUCAUGUCCUUGUAAUCUAGCGGAGGAGGUUUAGUCUAAAAUGAUUCAUGUCCAUAAACAUCUUCGACAAAGUUAGAGUGGUUCAGUAGAUUGCACAUUUCUGAGAAUAUUCUAAACGUUUUAGUCAAAAUGGUUACUUCCUUCUUAAGAUAUCCAAUUUUUUAAGGAUGUGGAUAGUUUCACCUUUUAAUUCAGUUUUUCUAUAAAUAACUUGUUGGCUGCUGAAAAUCGACCAAAACGGCUGUAAUACUUUAGAGAAGUUACAUGAUCAUGAAUCGUUUCUAGUUUCUGUUAAUUUCUUCAAACUCUAUAUCGACUAACAAGAUGAAAGUAUAUCAUGCAAAUCAACUACAAUGAUUAUUUUCUUAAAACUUGGAAAAUGUUAUAAAAUCAUAAAAUUAAACAGAACGAAUGGAAAUGAGUAGCACUUGUUAGAAUGAUUCACUCAAACUUUCAUAGCUUUUGGUAAAUGAAAGUUCUUGUUACUUGAUUUAGUCAUAACCUGAAGUUAUACUCCACUGAUGGCAUUGGUGCUAAGCUAUGUGAAUAAAAAUCUAGCAAAAGGUUUUGGUGUAACACAUAGAAUUGGAAUUUUAGGGUUUUCAUUGAAAUCAAAGAUCAAAUAAGCGCUAUCUCAGCCUCUUUAUUCACGCAGAAUAUUUUUGACAGACAUCAAACCAUCACCGAUAUCCAGACGAUAUCAUCGAUUGAUAAGCCAAGCAAGUAGGAGCAAUAAUUUUCUCAUUCAAUCACUAUUUACUUUUCAAUAGUAACCUUAUUUUUGCAAACAAUGAAGUAAAAUUUUAUUUUCAACAUGACAUACUCAGAAAAUUGUUGACGAUCAAAAUUAUACAGUUAGAAAUGACGCAAGUGUGUAAUUCUAUUACUAGCUGUAUCUAUGUUAGAGCACGGUACAUAUGGAAAAGACUACUUUUACUGCAUUUUAUCUUCGCCUCUUCCAGUCAAGGUUUGAAACGGUCAAGUUAGAAGUUCCACUAUCAAAUGGUUCAAUAAAGGAUAAUCAGUAUAAAUCUCUGCAGACUGUUAAUUUAAUUUAGUAAAUGAGCUCAUGAUAUUGAGAAAUCCGAAGAUAGAUAGCCAUAUUCGAUAUGGAACAAUUUUGUCGAAUAGCGGUUCGGUUGGAUUUUAUUUGACUUUUUAGGACAAUACAGCUGAUUUAAUUUGCUCGUUUUAAGUGACUUCCACCGUUUUACUGAUCAAGAUAUAUAAGUCAGGAAGUCUUCAAUUGACACAUUUCUAGUCGUCAUCACAAUGUCUAUUCCAAACAUUGAGCCAAUACUUUCUCAUCGUACACUGAGAACCUUAGAUCAUGCAGAAUGAAUUAAUUAUGUUGUCAAAAACUUGAACAGGAAUGAAAAGUUAGUUUCGGUUUAAACUAAGGACUUUUCAUUUGAAAAUUUUAUGAUCAGACGUCAGAGCAGAUCAUAAAAUAGAAAGUCUAAUCAAACUUCACAAUUGUAAAGAAGUUCCAUUAUUAUAGAAAAAAAUCAUCGCCAAUUACUAGAAGAAAAUUUAUGAAAGAAAUUUUCAUUCGCUCUUGAUAUAAGCACGUUCAAAAUGUGACUGACUAAACUAGAAGUUGUUACUAUACGAAACUCGAAAAUCUGUAUGAGUCUUACACUGAAUGUCUUCCUAAAAUUGCAGUAAUAAAUUGUAUCGUGGAACAACUGAUUGGUUUAUUAGUUGAUAUGUUGAGUUUAGCGAUUUUUUGUCGGUAAAAACAAGAGACGCCGCUGUUCGGUCAGCUUUUAUGACAUGCUAGUUUUUUUGGUAUCCGGAGAUCUCUGCUGAAGGGAUUUUGGGUGUUGGUGGUGUGUGUGUGUGUGUCUCUGUCGGUAUGGAUGCAAAGAACAGCCACAGCUGUACCCACACUCACACCCACACCCACACCCACAUGCCCAUACUCCCACCCUCAAAAGCUCGAAACAAUCUAUAUCGACCCGAACGGAGCCAAAGCAGCAGCCUACUACUACCAGUUUAGACUUUGAUGUCAUGAUUUUUGCAACGAAAGAAUUCUUUCUUUUUAUUGAAUCCAUAUCACAAAGGAGGAAGAUUCCAAAGAUUCAGAGAAUCUUACAUCCCCCACUACGUCCGUUGAUGUUAUCAUUGCCGAACCUUAUAGUCAUAUCCAUGUUCAAGCUACAUUCGUUUUACUGAAAGACAAGCAUUUGUUAUUGAUACAAUUUUUGAUUAUCAACGAUAACGAUGCGCACUGGGAGAAUUUUAGCGAUUUGUAAAUAAUAACAAAUUUUAAUUCUUGACAGAAUCAACUUCAAUAAUGAUUGCCUAAUUUCUUUUUAUUAACUUUUGUUUAAAUGGUUUAUCGUUUGUGUCUUGAUCAGAUAGCAACUUUUCGUUCUUGAACAAUACCCAAUCAUCAGACUUGAUAGACGUUCCAUUCGAUACUCCAACUACUCAACAUCAUUACAAUGUGAGAAAGCUCAUCAUGUGGCUCCCAGAAUGUUGGCAAUCUAUGAAGAAUGGAAGUUCAAUGAUGAUGUUCCACAUUGUAUCCAAUAUCAUGAUUAUUAUUCUGUUUAUUCUCGGUUGCGCUUUAUUAAUUACUUUAUCAUCCAAACAUGUCACAAAAACAACAGCAAUACCAUUUUUGGCCACUUCACAGAUAGAAGAAAGUAGGAUUAGAGCUUUAAGCGAUCAUUUUUUUCGAUCACAACAAUAAACUAUUUUAAGCUCGAGAUAUACUCUAAAUCAUCAUCUAACUAGUCUGCAAUAUUGUCUGUGUAGAUUAUUAAAAUCGAACAAAGCUAAAACUUGAUAUUUUUAGUCAAUCAACUUUGAAAAGAUCUCUUUUAAAAACUUAACUUACUUUGAAAAGAAUUUUUUAAAUAUACAGUAUCUCUUAACAUCAGAGAUAGCUUUCUUAAAUUAUAUACAAAACGAAAUGUACUGUUUAAACACACAGUAUGUUAAAAAAUAUGCUUUUUCUUUUCUCUCGUGAUGACAGUCAUAUCUGAAAAAGCUGAACUAUGGGAACAAUGCAAUGGACACGAGUAUACCAUACCACGUUUAUGUGAGAAAGGUGCCGAUUGUUACGCAAGAGAUCUUUCAUAUUGGCAAGUGAGUCCUUUGAUUAGAAAUAAUUUUUUGAAACCUUAAAUAAAAAGUAUUCUCGUUAUAGUGUCGACCUAAGGGUAAUUGUCCAAAUGGUAGGCUCAUUUCUUUAAUUCAACAAAAAGAAAAAUUUAGGAGAGAGAACAGUAGGUAAAAGAUAAGAAAAGAAAGAGAGAACUGCUGUGAAAAUCAUUAGAAAAUCUUAUUUCAAUCAGAAAUAAAAGAUAGGGAUUCGAGCUUUCGUGUUCGGACUGAACACAUCGUC